GAAUGACUGGGCGAGCCAGAGCCAGAGCCAGAGGACGGGCCCGGGGGCAGGAGACGGUGCAGCACGUGGGGGCCACUGCGAGUCAGCAGCCUGGCUACGUCCAGCCCAGGCCUCAGCAGCCGGCAGCAGAAGGGGAAUUAGUUGGCCGUGGACGACAGAGAGGAGCAGUAGGAGCAACAGCCAAGUCCCAAGAGCUCCAGAUAUCUGCUGGAUUUCAGGAGUUAUCGUUAGCAGAGAGAGGAGGUCGUCGUAGAGACUUUCAUGAUCUUGGUGUGAAUACAAGACAGAACCUUGACCAUGUUAAAGAAUCAAAAACAGGUUCUUCAGGUAUUAUAGUAAGGCUGAGCACUAACCAUUUUCGAUUGACGUCCCGUCCCCAGUGGGCCUUAUAUCAGUAUCACAUUGACUAUAACCCGCUGAUGGAAGCCAGAAGACUCCGCUCAGCUCUUCUUUUUCAACAUGAAGAUUUAAUUGGAAGGUGUCAUGCUUUUGAUGGAACAAUACUAUUUUUACCUAAAAGACUACAGCACAAGGUUACUGAAGUGUUUAGUCAGACCCGAAAUGGAGAGCAUGUGAGGAUAACAAUCACCUUAACAAAUGAACUCCCACCUACAUCACCAACUUGUUUGCAGUUCUAUAAUAUUAUUUUCAGGAGGCUCUUAAAGAUCAUGAAUUUACAGCAAAUUGGACGGAAUUACUAUAACCCAAGUGACCCAAUCGAUAUUCCAAAUCAUAGGUUGGUGAUCUGGCCUGGCUUCACCACCUCUAUUCUUCAGUACGAGAACAACAUCAUGCUUUGCACUGACGUCAGUCAUAAAGUCCUUCGCAGUGAAACCGUGUUAGAUUUCAUGUUCAACUUAUAUCAUCAAACAGAAGAACAUAAAUUUCAAGAACAAGUUUCUAAAGAACUAAUAGGUCUAAUUGUUCUUACCAAAUAUAACAAUAAGACCUACAGAGUAGAUGAUAUUGACUGGGACCAGAAUCCAAAGAGUACCUUUAAGAAAGCAGAUGGUUCUGAAGUCAGUUUCUUAGAGUACUACAGGAAGCAAUACAACCAAGAAAUCACCGACUUGAAGCAACCUGUUCUGGUCAGUCAACCAAAGAGAAGACGAGGCCCUGGUGGCACCUUGCCAGGCCCUGCGAUGCUCAUUCCAGAACUCUGCUAUCUUACAGGUCUAACCGAUAAGAUGCGUAAUGAUUUUAAUGUGAUGAAAGACUUAGCUGUUCAUACAAGACUGACUCCAGAACAAAGGCAGCGUGAAGUGGGAAGACUCAUUGAUUAUAUUCAUAAAGAUGAUAAUGUUCAGAGGGAGCUUCGAGACUGGGGUUUGAGCUUUGACUCCAACUUACUGUCCUUCUCAGGAAGAAUUUUGCAAGCAGAAAAGAUUCACCAAGGUGGAAAAACAUUUGAUUACAAUCCACAAUUUGCAGAUUGGUCAAAAGAAACAAGAGGUGCACCAUUAAUUAGUGUUAAGCCGCUAGAUAACUGGCUGUUGAUCUAUACUCGAAGAAAUUAUGAAGCAGCCAAUUCAUUGAUACAAAAUCUAUUUAAAGUUACACCAGCCAUGGGCAUACAAAUGAAAAAAGCAAUAAUGAUUGAAGUGGAUGAUCGAACUGAAGCCUAUUUGAGAGUCUUACAGCAGAAGGUUACAUCAGAUACCCAGAUAGUUGUUUGUCUGUUGUCGAGUAAUCGGAAAGACAAAUACGAUGCUAUUAAAAAAUACUUGUGUACAGAUUGCCCUACUCCGAGUCAGUGUGUGGUGGCCCGGACUCUUGGCAAGCAGCAGACAGUCAUGGCCAUUGCUACCAAGAUCGCCCUGCAGAUGAAUUGCAAGAUGGGAGGGGAGCUUUGGAGGAUUGAUAUGCCUCUAAAGCUGGCGAUGAUAGUUGGCAUUGACUGUUACCACGAUACCACAGCUGGACGGAGGUCAAUUGCAGGAUUUGUUGCAAGUAUCAAUGAAGGGAUGACCCGCUGGUUCUCUCGCUGUGUAUUUCAAGAUCGAGGACAAGAGCUUGUAGAUGGGCUCAAAGUCUGCUUGCAAGCUGCUCUGAGGGCUUGGAAUAGCUGCAAUGAAUACAUGCCUAGUCGAAUUAUCGUGUAUCGGGAUGGUGUAGGAGAUGGUCAGUUGAAAACACUGGUUAACUACGAAGUACCACAGUUUUUGGAUUGCCUGAAAUCCGUUGGUAGAGGUUACAACCCAAGACUAACGGUAAUUGUGGUGAAGAAACGAGUGAACGCCAGAUUUUUUGCUCAGUCUGGAGGAAGACUUCAGAACCCACUUCCUGGGACGGUUAUUGACGUAGAAGUUACCAGACCAGAAUGGUACGAUUUUUUUAUCGUGAGCCAGGCAGUGAGAAGUGGCAGUGUUUCUCCCACGCACUAUAACGUCAUCUACGACAGCAGUGGCCUGAAGCCAGACCACAUUCAGAGGCUCACGUACAAGCUGUGUCACGUCUACUAUAACUGGCCAGGCGUCAUUCGCGUCCCUGCUCCUUGCCAGUACGCCCACAAGCUGGCUUUCCUCGUGGGCCAGAGCAUCCACAGGGAGCCCAACCUGUCCCUGUCCAACCGCCUCUACUACCUCUGACCCGCGGGACGAGACGACGUGCAGCCGUUCCUUCGUUUGACCUCGUAGCUUCGGGGUUUUUUUAAGCUUUUAUUUUUUUUUUUUUUAGCUGUUUAUCUUUCUAGAUAUGAAACUUGGGAAGGGAAUUAGGAGAUUUGGAGUCUCGUUUGUAGCAU